GGCGCGCCUGCGCAGCGGCGGGAGUUUCGGCGCAUGCGCGUUGCGUGGCGGCCGGGCCGGCGGGAGCUGGGCCCCCUGCCGCGCCGUGCGGCCCCCGGCCCGCAGCCGCCGGCUCCAUCCGUUUCCCAUCUCUCCAGGAUGAGAGAGGUUUGGGUUCGGCUUUCCCCCUCUCCCUGUAGUUGAUAGUUUCGGAACCAGAGGUGAUGCUGGAGUCGAGAUGGCAGACAGCGUGAAAACCUUCCUUCAUGACCUCGUCAGGGGAAUUAAGGACUCCAUCUGGGGCAUCUGCACCAUCUCUAAGCUGGACGCCCGGAUCCAGCAGAAAAGGGAAGAGCAGAGGCGAAGGAGAGCAAACAGCGCGCUUGCCCAGCGGAGGUUUCACAUGGAAGAGAAGAAGCAAGAGAACGAACCCCGGAUCGUGAGCCGGAUAUUUCAGUGCUGUGCCUGGAACGGAGGUGUGUUCUGGCUUAGUCUCUUCUUGUUUUACCGAGUAUUCAUACCUGUCCUUCAGUCCGUCACGGCCCAGAUCAUCGGUGACCCUUCCUUACACGGCGACGUCUGGUCUUGGCUGGAGUUCAUCCUCACCUCCAUUUUCGGUGCCCUCUGGGUCCUUCCCCUCUUUGUGCUCAGUAAGGUCGUCAACGCCAUCUGGUUUCAGGACAUCGCAGAUCUCGCGUUCGAAGUUUCGGGCAGAAAGCCUCACCCCUUUCCCAGCGUCAGUAAAAUCAUCGCCGACAUGUUGUUUAACCUCUUGUUGCAGGCGCUGUUCCUCAUCCAGGGGAUGAUAGUGAGCCUCUUCCCCAUUGAUAUCGUAGGCCAGCUGGUCAGCCUCCUCCACAUGUCGCUGCUUUACUCACUCUACUGCUUCGAGUACCGCUGGUUUAACAAAGGAAUCGAAAUGCACCAACGCUUGUCCAACAUUGAGAGAAACUGGCCCUAUUACUUCGGCUUUGGCUUACCGCUGGCUUUUCUCACGGCGAUGCAAUCCUCUUACAUCAUCAGCGGUUGCCUCUUUUCCAUCCUUUUCCCUCUCUUCAUCAUCAGCGCCAAUGAAGCGAGGACCCCCAGCAAAACCUACCACUUCCAGCUCCGUCUCUUCUCCUUGGUGGUUUUCCUCAGCAACAGGCUCUUUCACAAGACGGUUUACCUUCAGUCUGCCCUGAGCAGUGCUUCCUCUUCCGCUUCCUCUUCCACUUCCUCUUCCUCCGACCGCCUCCUCUCCCCCCAGCCCUCUCCCGCCAAACACACGGUGCAGCCGGGGCACUGAGCCGUCACCGAACCCCGAGAGGGGACAAAGUGGGGGGGGGACACCCCGCCUGGAAGCAUCCCCGGACCCCCCGGGGGGGGCCUUGAUGUUGAUUCUUGCCCCCCGCUCCUCCCCCCCCCGCCACCACCGUGACAGAAAUUUGGGGGGAAAAAUCUGGAUUUUUAACACCUUUGUGAGUUCGAAAGAGCCGGCUCCUGCCCUGCGCGUGUUUUACAGCGGACUCUUUUGUACGCUCCCCGCCUCGCCCCGUGCCAUCUCCCCCUGCCCCCGAACGAUUUGUGACACCCCCCCCUCCCCGUUUUAACGGGAGCGGGCCCCCCCCCCUUGUCUGCCCAAACUCAGGUCGCGGUGUGGGGGGUGUAUUUUUGGGGAGUUCCUGCUGCAGCCAAGCCCCCGUCCGCCCCACGUGCAUGUACCGUUUCUGUAGGGUCGGGGAAGGAACCGGUGACGUUGAAAACCAAAAACCCUUCCAGGGUGGGGUUUGGGAUUUUGGGGGGGGGACGGGGGGGGGGGGGGUACGACGGGCCGGGACGGUUUAUCAACUUUAGUAUUUUCACACUGAAAACAUUAAACGGAGAAAUCACGA